UACAUAACAUAGAUCCCACGCAAGUCGCUCAAAAUCCCAAAACUCGGGAUGAUAACUGACCUCCGGCGAAGACGACGUGACCUUGGCGAAUACAUGAACUGCUUAAUUGCGUUACGAUUUGUUAAUUUCUGUGGUCGGCCUACUGUUUAUGCCCCCCUUCCUCAUUGCUGCUAAUAAUAAUGAUAUAAAUAAUAAUUGAUGCUUGGAGCUGGCAACAUGUUGCCAAGGCUGCUGGCUCAGUUUCCCGCCAAAUCAAACAGUUGGUUGUGGCACCGUUCGGUGCCUGCGCAGAGUGUCGCCGGCGAGGCAACAUGUUGAAAGGAUUCCGGCGGACGCCCUCGUGCCGGCGCCUCGGCUGAUCAGUCAGUCGGUCAGUGUGCCGGUGGCGCUGGUUGGAUGAGCUGAAGUCCAGUCCGACGGCGCCCUCAGUUCGCUUUCUGUGCUCGAACGAGUCGCAACGCAGGUGGUCGUCGCUGAGUUCCUGAACUACAUUCCUAAGCAGGCAUCGCACCUCGUUGGCGCUGCCGUAAUGGGACUUGUUAAACCAUAAAAACGUGAAUAAAAACGAAAUAAAAAUCCCAUUCAAAUCAAUUAAACUCGUCGGGGCGCGAUAAACCAUUUAUGAACCGCGAAUAAAUAGUGUCGUCCCGCGUUGCGUAUACGCAGUACUGAGUGCAAGUGAAAUUGUUCGCAAUUGACAUUGACAUUGAGCUCCUGCUCGCUGCAUCUCGCCAGAUGCCAACUUUGAAGAGUCUGGAUUUGGGGCCAGAAUGCUGAAGGCGACCGUCAAAGUUUAAAGGACUUGGUUUGAGUUGGCUUGAGAGUUGGUGGUGGUGGCCCCAUUGCAAACGUCAACGAUACCCACUUGAAUGGAGCUUGAAAAAGACUUGGGCUUUGAGCGGAGCCGCCGAUUGCUGCCGGAGGGCGACGAGCGGCUUUACUACAUUGAGCCGCAGCAGCCGUUGCUGCGGAAUGAGGAGGAUGACUACCUGGACUCCGCCUCCCUGCUGUACAAUGCCACCAAACGGCUAGCGGAGGACGACGGCGGCUCCACCACGACCAUUCCGCUCCUUUUCCCCGAGCUGGACGAGUCCUUUAACGUCACCAUCCUGAUGAACUUCAGCUGCGACGUCACGGAUGACUCGGAGUCCGGUGACCUGUGGUCCAGCGUCUACUUCAAGAGCGCCGUCUACCUGCUGUACAUUCCCAUCUUCAUGUUCGCCCUGCUGGGCAACGGCACCGUCUGCUACAUUGUCCAGGCUACGCCGCGCAUGCGGACCGUCACCAAUUACUUCAUAGCCAACCUGGCCCUGGGCGACAUCCUGAUGUCCCUGUUCUGCGUCCCCUCGUCCUUCAUCUCGAUCUAUAUCCUGAAUUACUGGCCCUUUGGCAUAGUGCUUUGCCACUUUGUGAACUACUCGCAGGCGGUCUCUGUGCUCGUCACCGCCUAUACCCUGGUGGCCAUCAGUAUCGAUCGCUAUAUAGCCAUCAUGUGGCCCCUGAAGCCAAGGAUCACAAAGAGAUAUGCCAAGUUCAUCAUAAGCGGCAUUUGGUUCAUAGCCCUGGCCACCGCCUUUCCCAUUCCGCUCGUCUCCCGCCUCGUCCAGCCGCCGUCACCGUGGCACCAGAAGUGCGACAAAUACAUCUGCCGCGAAAUGUGGCCAGAGCGGAACCAGGAGUACUACUACACGCUGUCCUUGUUCACGCUGCAGUUCGUCGUCCCGCUGCUGGUGCUCAUCUACACGUACACCCGCAUCGCCAUCCGAGUCUGGGGCAAGCGGCCUCCGGGCGAGGCGGAGACCUCGCGCGACCAGCGGAUGGCACGCUCCAAGCGCAAGAUGGUCAAGAUGAUGCUGACGGUUGUGUUUGUAUUCACCAGUUGCUGGCUGCCCUUCAACAUCCUGCAGCUCCUGCUCAACGACGAGGAGUUCGCCAACUGGGCACCGCUGCCGUACGUGUGGUUCGCCUUCCACUGGCUGGCCAUGUCCCACAGCUGCUACAACCCGGUGAUCUACUGCUACAUGAACGCCCGCUUCCGGGGCGGGUUCCUCCAGAUCAUGCACCGGGUCCCCGGACUGCGGCGCUGCUGCUGCCUGCACCGCCUUCUCCGCGGCGGCGGUGGAGGCGAGAGCAGCAUGGGAGCAACCGGAACCAACGGGGAACUGCGUCUGAAUCGUGUGGACACCUGCACCACCUACAUCAGCACAAGGCGAAAGCUUCGAGUGAAUUCUAUGCAAGUGAGUCAAUUUUCACAUGCCGAGACGUCAGUUUUGCGGUAACUUCCCACCCACCUGCCCCGCCGGAGGACUCACCUGUUCACCGGGCAGCCAUUGCAGGUGUCCAGGCUC